CAAACACCCCUAUAUAUAACUCCAUCUUCUCCUACUCAAUUUCAUCAUCCUCAUUUCAAAUAUCAUAAAAAAUUUGUCCCACAAAAAAAAAAAACACAUUGACACAAACAAAAAAAAAAAUGGCAACCUCAAAACUUGUUUACAUUACUCUUUUCUUAGCCGCUUUUAUUGCCUCUUCUAAGGCCAACUUUAACAAUGAGUUUACCAUAACUUGGGGAGAUGGUCGAGGUAAAGUCCUCGGCAACGGGGAAGACCUCACCCUCUCCCUCGACAAAUCCUCCGGGUCGGGUUUUCAAUCCAAAAACGAGUACCUAUUUGGUAAAAUCGAUAUGCAGUUAAAACUCGUACCUGGUAACUCUGCUGGUACUGUCACGGCUUACUAUCUAUCGUCGAUGGGGCCUACCCACGACGAGAUAGAUUUCGAGUUUUUAGGUAACGUAAGUGGGCAACCUUACACUCUUCAUACCAAUGUGUUCGCACAAGGUAAAGGUAACCGCGAAAAACAGUUCCACUUGUGGUUCGACCCUACUAAAGAUUUCCACACUUACUCCAUUCUUUGGAAUCCCCAAAGAAUAGUUUUCCUAGUUGAUGGAACUCCUAUUAGAGAACACAAGAACAUGGAAUCUAAGGGAAUCCCAUUCCCUAAGAAUCAACCAAUGAGGAUCUACUCUAGUUUGUGGAAUGCUGAAGAUUGGGCCACCCAAGGUGGCCGGGUCAAGACCGAUUGGGCUCAAGCCCCAUUUACUGCUUCUUACAGGGGCUUCAAAGCUGAUGCUUGUGUUUGGGCUUCCGGGUCAUCAUCAUGCGGGUCGGGUUCAGUACCCAAAUCCGGGUCAGAAUGGUUGACCCAAGAGUUGGAUUCAGCAAGUUUGGAAAGAAUGAGGUGGGCCCAGAAGAAUUAUAUGAUUUAUAAUUAUUGUGCUGAUCUUCCAAGGUUUCCUGAAGGUCUUCCUGCUGAAUGCACUGCUACAUCUUAGAAAUAAUUUUUUAGUGUUAGUUAAUUAAUUCAUUUAUUCUUUUAAUCAAUGUAUUGUACUGAAAUCAAUGAUUUGGAAAUAUUAAAUAUGAAUAUUUUUGGAAAUUGUGA